AUGCUCAGCCACACCGGUAACGUGUCGCCCCGACGUGCCCACAGCGCAAGCUGGAACGAGAAGGCAGCGCUUCCCCUUCCUUCAUCCUCGAGGCGUGGGGCACGCCCCCUCUCCGUCCCGGCGCGGAUGAAGCGACGCUGGCCACUCCUGCUAUGCGUCGCCAUCUUCUUCCUGGUCGCCAUGUCGUUCCGAUCCUCCUCAGGCAAGUCUCCCACUCUCGCCCACGACGGCACGCAAGACCGUGUGGGUAAGCCAGGAUCCGUCGACGGUUUUGAGCGCGAGGCAGCACCAGCAGCAGAGGAGGACGUGAUGGCGAAGGACGACCUGUUCGUCCAGCGCCUCGGGGAUGCCAAGGAGCGCACGCCCGCAGAAAUCGAGGCGGACGAGGAAGCAGCCCGCCAGGAGGAGGAGAAGGGCGCCGAGGGCCGACGCGAUAAAGUCCGUGCGCUGGUAUGGUGGAUUACGCGCGGAGGAAUCUUCCCAGACGACUACCGUAUCCCGUCAGCUGGGACGAUUGCGAAAAUGCCCCAGACCGAGUGGGAGAGCAUGCUCGCCGACGUAGAGGGCACGGACGAACAUGUCUUCCUCGGCGAGUGGUUGGGAGAAGCAAACCUCUCGCAGCGGGUCACCGUCUUUUCCAAGACUUUCUGCCCGUUCUCGAAGCGGGCAAAGGAUAUCCUCGACGAGUAUCCAAUUCACCCGGACCCGUACAUCAUCGAACUCGACCAGCGGGACGACAUGAGUCUCAUCCAGGACCUGCUCCUCAGCCUCACUGGACGGAGGACGGUGCCCAACGUCAUGAUCCACUUUGUGAGCAUUGGUGGCGCAGACGAGACACAGUUACUCCACUCGGAGGGCGGGUUGCAACGCCGCCUCAGCAUCUCGGAGCCAGAGUUCCAUGACUGGACCCGCGGCCACUAG